GGAGUGAUGGGUGGGGUUUUAUGUAUGGAGUAUAGACAGUCUACUGUCUAGUACCUUUCUUUCUUUUCUAAUAACAUCUCACUUUAAGCUUUGACUCCCUCACUCCUUCCUACUACAGUACUACUACUUCCUUUCUUCAUUCUCUCACACACUCUCUUUACUUUCUCUCUCCUCCCAAAAUUAUACUCCCCUUUCUCUCUCUCUCUCUCUGCAACAAACAACUCUAUUGUGUAAAUUGUGAUCCUUUUCUCAGUUUAUUAACUGGGCUAGAAAACUUGGUGAGAAUGGGAGGUAGUACUGUCACUUUGGGAAAAAGUGCUGAUGGCGAAUUCGGGCACAGGUGUAUACUAUCACUUUGAUGCUUGUAAUCUUAGUUUCUUCCUAUGGCUUCCAAUAAUGGUACUAAAGCUCAGUCUGAACAGCAACAACAUCGAGUAGGACGUGGUGGUUUUAAUUCACAAGUUUCUGCCUCAAGCAAAUCGAAACUUGAAUUUGCUGAGCAUUUUGCACAAUCGGUACAGAUUAAUUCAAAGCAGGCUGAUGGUGGACGUUUUCACAGUAAUAAGUGUAAAUCGAUUGACGAAAAUGCAUUACCCAACUCCGUGCUCAAUAUGCCUAAUGCAGCAUCUUCUUUGUCUGGUGCUGAACCAUCUUCAACAGGCAUAGAUCCUCUUGAGAAUGAGGCCAGAUUUUUGGAGGAUAUUUCCACUGAUCAAGAGAAGAAAACAUCAGAGUAUGGAAGCGUUAAAGACAGUUCAGUGUCUGCCAAAUUUAGUGAUGGAACCAGCAGUCUUGCUAAGACAAGUGGAAGUGCCAAGACAAGUGGUCGGCUUGAUUUUGCUGAAAGCGGCAAGAGUAGUUUAUGCAGAGGAAGCACUAGCACUGAUGUCAGUGACGAGAGCAGCUGCAGCAGCUUUAGUAGCAGCAUAAGCAAGCCCCACAAAGGAAAUGAUUUGAGAUGGGAAGCUAUUCAAGUAAUUCGUGCGAGGGAUGGAGUCUUGGGGUUGAGCCACUUUAGACUGCUCAAAAGAUUGGGAUGCGGGGAUAUAGGUAGCGUCUACCUUGCUGAGUUGAGUGGAACUAAGUGCUACUUUGCUAUGAAGGUCAUGGACAAAGCAUCUUUGGCCAGUCGCAAGAAGUUGCUUCGCGCGCAGACAGAGAGAGAGAUUCUGCAAUCUUUGGAUCACCCUUUCCUUCCUACUCUGUAUAGCCACUUUGAGACCGAUAAAUUCUCAUGCUUGGUGAUGGAAUUCUGCCCAGGUGGAGAUUUGCACACUCUUAGGCAGAGGCAGCCAGGGAAAUUUUUUACUGAACAAGCAGUAAAAUUUUACGUAGCAGAAGUUCUUUUAGCGAUGGAGUAUCUUCACAUGCUUGGUAUAGUCUAUCGUGACCUUAAACCCGAGAACGUGCUUGUGAGAGAUGAUGGGCAUAUAAUGCUCUCAGACUUUGAUCUUUCCCUUCGUUGUGCUGUCAGUCCAACACUAGUGAAGUCUUCCUCGAAUGAGACAGAGCCAUUACGAAGGGAAUCUGUAUACUGUGUCCAGCCUGCUUGUAUUGAGCCUUCUUGCAUCCAGCCAUCAUGUGUUGCUCCCACAACAUGCUUUUCACCACGUUUCUUCGGUAGCAGGUCCAAGAAAGAGAGAAAGGCCAAACAUGAUGUUGGAAACCAAGUGAAUCCAUUGCCUGAGCUGAUGGCGGAGCCAACAAAUGCAAGGUCGAUGUCUUUUGUUGGGACCCAUGAGUACUUGGCGCCCGAAAUUAUCAAGGGUGAAGGUCAUGGAAGUGCAGUUGACUGGUGGACGUUUGGGAUCUUUCUUUAUGAGCUAUUAUUCGGUAGAACUCCUUUCAAGGGAUCAGGGAAUCGUGCCACUCUGUUCAAUGUUGUGGGGCAACCACUGCGGUUUCCUGAAUCCCCAUCUGUAAGUUUUGGAGCUAGGGAUCUAAUAAAGGGGCUGCUUGUGAAAGAACCGCAACAUAGAUUGGCUUACAAAAGAGGGGCAACAGAGAUUAAGCAACAUCCAUUCUUCGAAGGUGUGAACUGGGCGCUAAUACGGUGUGCUACACCUCCUGAGAUACCAAAGCCUGUUGUCAUUGAAAAGACAGCAGCUCCCCCUACCUCUAAUGAAAAAGCUGCCGUCGCAAUGGGGGUACCUGAUCACAAGGGUUCUGACAAUUACCUUGAGUUUGACUUCUUCUGAGGCGGCAAUCUUUGUUCCUAAUUUUUUCUAAUAUAUAUGUUUCGCACUCUGCCGAGUAGGAGAAUUGUUGCCAAAAGUUUCGAUCCUUAUAUUUAUUUGGUGAGCACAAGUUCGGAAGAAAAAGUGAGGGAGUCGGAGUGUCCUGUGCUCACUGAUGCAUUGCUGAGGAGGCAGAAGCAGAUGUGGUCACCGAUUUUGCGUUGUAACUGUUUGUUUCCUGGUUAUGUAUGUACUCCUAUGUUUGUAUUUAUGGUCAGUGGUGGGUGUGGGUUAAACUCUCCAAACACUUUAAGAGAUGUCAAAUGUAUAUGCAUCUUGAGAUGUGCUCCAUUUAUCGUUUUACCACAAUUGUUGCAAGUACCUCCUAUUUAUUUCACUUAUUGUGGCAGAAAUACCAAAAUUUGCUCUUCCUUCU